AUGAAUGAAACAUUUGAGCUUUCCACUGAGGACUUUAACAAGCAACUUUCAAAGCCUCAAGAAUCAAGUGGAAGAAAAAAAAAUGUUCUCUCCGAAAAUCUUCGCAUAACCUGGAAAAAACCCACCAUCAAUUGUGAAGCUAGAAUUAGAAUAACAUGGUUGGCGGCAUCGAAUAUGGUUAGAAUUGAGAGGGUUAGUGGUACCUUUAAUCAUAGCCAUUUAAUGGAAGAAAAUUACAAACCCCCGAUGAUUGCUGAUGUUAUUAGGAAAGAAGCCUCUAAAUUAUAUGAAGACUCGGGCGUAGAAUAUUUAAAAACCAAGGAGGUCACUAAUAUCAAGCAGAAGCUUGUUGGACCAAUGAAUUUGCAUCUUGUUGGAGAUGCAAAUUUAAAACCUGAUAUCUUAAAUACAAUCAAAUUUUUAAUAGAAAAUAAUUAUCAAGUUGAGUCUUUUCAAAAGCAAGAAUCACUUGAGCAUUUGCGGGGUUUAUGCUUUGCAAACUUUUGGCAAAUAGAAAAUUUAACGCGUUAUGGCUGGUUAAUGCUCAUGGAUUCUACACAUAACACUAACAAGCACGGGUGGCAUUUAUUUACUUUAUACAUCCGUGAUAGCUGUGGGUGUUGGAAUGUCAGCGCACACUUCUUUGUUAAUAGAGAAAAUAGUAAGGCAGUCAUGUCAGCGUUAAAAAUUGUUCAAAAAUUUGCUCUACAAUGGAAUCCACAGUAUAUGCUUCUUGAUCAAAGCAGUAUAGAAUCCAAUGGUAUUGCAUUAACAUUCCCAGCAGGAUGUGAGGAAAUUGUCUGUGAUGCCAUAAAUAUCUGUUCUAUUCAAGCCAAUGCUAAAUAUAUUGCCAGAAACUAUCUAAAAAAUUCGAGACAAUGGUCUCUCUGGGCUCAGCAGCAUUCACCACUUCUUCUUCAAAUUACUUCUACUAACCCUUUAGAGUCUUAUUACAGUGAGCUAAAAGCAAAAAUUUCUGUUCAAUACGGUUUCAUCAGCGAGUAUUUUCUUUGA